AUGCGUGGAAGCAACGCUAAAAGUACAACAGAAAAGUCUAAAAGCAAUUCUGUGGGUAGAGAAAAAAAUAAGAGAGCAUACAGAUCAAUUCUCAUCAACCACAUGCUUAAAUUCAGAGGAGAGAGAGCGCCAACACUCAAUCAAAAAUUGAAUGAAGAACUUCUUUUAUCAUACAAUAAAAUUAAACUCACAGACACUGAGAUUAAAACCAGAAACAAGGUUUUUGAACUAUUUAAAAAAGUAAUUGAAGAUGCUUUAGAUUGUCAAGUAGAAUCACAUGGGAGUUUCAGAACAGGUACAAUGGUCUAUGGAUCAGAUAUUGACAUUACAGUUCUUAUGAAUAAAGAAACGAUCAAAAAACCCAGGAGUCUAUCCUAUGAUGCUUCGUACAAGCCAUAUUCCAAUCAAAUACUUGCUAAGAUUGCAAAUAUAAUAGAAUCAAACAAUAUUAUAACAGGAAAUAUUAUUCAUAUAAAGAAUGCCAGAGUGCCUGUACUUAAAUGUGUGGAUAAAAUAUUCAAUUGCAAAGUUGAUAUUGUUAUUGAUAAAUAUGACAGUAUAAAAAGUGCUAAUUUUGUUAUUAAACAGCUAGAAGAACGACCGUACUUAAAGUAUUUAGCUACUCUUUUGAAAUAUUUUUUGAAGAGAAGGCAUUUAUCAGAGGCCAUCCGAGGUGGGCUGUGCUCAUAUGCACAGUUUCUAUUGAUUUUAAAUUUUGUCCAAUUGCAUCCAUUGAUCCAAAAUGGAAAUAUUCGUGUUGAAGAUAAUCUUGGCACAAUAUUUAUGGACUUUUUUCAACUUUACGGAUUAGAAUUUCCGUUCGAAAGGACUAUUAUUUCGGUGCUGGAAACAAGAUACAAACCAAAUCGAGAUUCGCAGAUUAAUAUUGAAGAUCCAUGUAAUCAGGGGCAUAAUGUUGCAGCAGGAUGCACAGCCUUACCUAUGAUUAGAGAAAUUUUUUCAUUCAGUUAUAAAAUCAUGGCUGCAGCCUUUGCCGAGAAAGUGGCUACAAAUAAGGCAAUAGGAGAGCUGUGGCUGAGGAUUGAUGAACAGGAACUUGCAUCUAGAAAUAAACUCAACAAGGUAAAGAACGAAAAUAAACCAUGA